AUGGCUGCUGAGAAGCAGGUCCCGGGUGGCGGCGGCGGAGGCGGCGGCGGCGGUGGUGGCUGGCUCUUGGGGGCUAAGAAGCGAAGCCAUCUUCGGGGGGGGGGCGAGGAGACGCUCUGCGGCGGUUGCCAUGACAACGGUCGCCAAACCGGAUCUGACCGGCCGCAGGAGGGGGCCCCUUUCGUGGCUGCCACGCUGUAUCUGGCGGGGACCGCGGCUCGGGAUCGGGCCAGUCUCCCGGUGAGCCGGACAGGCCGUGGGGUCGUGGGGUGCCUGGAGUCGUCCGAGGACCAGUUUGACAGCCUGGAGAAGCACACCCAGUGGGGCAUCGACGUCCUGGAGAAAUACAUCAAGUUCGUGAGGGAGCGGACGGAGAUCGAGCUCAGCUAUGCCAAGCAGCUCAGGAAUCUUUCGAAGAAAUACCAACCAAAAAAGAACUCCAAGGAGGAGGAAGAAUACAAGUACACAUCGUGCCAAGCCUUCCUGUCCACCCUGCACGAGACCAGCGACUACGCCGGGCAGCACGAGGUCAUCUCUGAGAACAUGACGGCGCAGAUCGUGGUGGACCUGGCCCGCUACGUCCAGGAGCUGAAGCAGGAGCGCAAAGCGAACUUCCACGACGGGCGGAAGGCACAGCAGCACAUCGAGACUUGCUGGAAGCAGCUUGAAUCUGCGCGGCAGCAAGCUCAGAUCCGACAGCAGAUGGCCGAGGACAGCAGAGCCGACUACUCCUCCAUCCUGCAGAAGUUCAACCUGGAGCAGCGCGAGUACUACCGCACCCACAUCCCCAGCAUCUUCCAGAAAAUCCAGGAGAUGGAGGAGCGGCGCGUUGUGAAGCUGGGCGAGAGCCUGCGGACCUACGCCGAGGUGGACCGGCGGGUGAUCCCCAUCAUCGGGAAGUGCUUGGACGGCAUCGCCGCCGCGGCCCAGGCCAUCGACCAGAAGCGCGAUUCACAGCUGGUGAUAGAGGCGUACAAGUCCGGCUUCGAGCCUCCCGGUGACGUCGAGUUUGAGGACUACACGCAGCCCAUGAGGCGCGCCGUGUCCAACAGCAGCCUGUCGGCGCCCCGGGCGGACGGCAAGGCCGAGCCCAGGUUCGGCAGCAAAUCCAAAGGGAAGCUGUGGCCGUUCAUCAAGAAGAACAAGUCUCCCAAGCAGCCAAAGGAGCCCCUCUCCCACCGCUUCAACGAGUUCAUGACCUCCAAACCCAAAAUGCACUGCUUCCGGAGCCUGAAGCGCGGGCUCUCUCUCAAGCUGGGGUCCACGCCCGAGGACUUCAGCAACCUCCCGCCUGAACAGAGAAGGAAGAAGCUGCAGCAGAAGGUGGACGAACUGAACAGGGAGAUUCAGAAGGAGAUGGAUCAGAGAGACGCCAUAACCAAAAUGAAAGAUGUUUACCUGAAGAACCCACAGAUGGGGGACCCGGCCAGCCUGGACCACAAGCUCGCAGAGGUCAGCCAGAAUGCAGAGAGGCUGCGGCUCGAGGCGCAGAAGUUUGAGGUGUGGACUGGGGCUGAGGAACAGAGACCGUGCGGGAUGCGUGUCAUUCCCAGUGCGCCCCGGGAGGAAUCCCACGGCUCCUUCACUGGGAGCCUCCGGCAGGGCGGCACACACGUGUGAUCCCAGCACUUCGGAGGCUGAGGCAGGAGGGUUGCAAAUUCAAGCCCAGCCUCCGAAAUUCAGUGACUUAGUGAGACCCUGUCUCAG